AUGUCUGAAAUAAAGGUCGAAAGUGCAGCACAACUUGAAAAUGAAAUAAAAAAGAUUCAAGAAACAUUUCAAGUAAAAGAAACAGAGCAUACGUGGCAAUUAUUUGAUGAUGCAUUAAAACGCCUAGUCUCUUUGAGUCGUGGUGGAGCUAUCAACUAUGAAAAAAUAUUCAUAUCCGGGAUAAAAUCUUUGAGACAGCCUAUUCUAGAUUCGAUACUCACUGAACGGACACGGUUGUCUGGAACAGCAACAGAAUUGGUUGAAGAAAUUGGCAAAGUUCUUGGGCCAAAAUUCGAUACUCUAGUGGAAUCGUUUGUGCCUGCCAUCCUGAAAUUAUGCACGCGCGCAAAUAAAAUUUUUAUUGGUAGAGCUCAAAAAUGCAUGAUGACAAUAAUCCGAGAGUGUCAUGUUCCGAAUUUAAUUCCAAAAUUUAAAGAGGCAUUACAAGGUCAAAGUAAAAUAUUGAGAACCUGUGCAUCCGAAUUCGUUCUCGCUAGUAUUGAGGUAAAUGAUGUUGGAAAUCUGAAUAAUUAUAUUGCUGAUUUGGAGCGGAUUAUUAGGGAGGGAGCAAUAGACUCUGCGCCUGCUGUCAGGGCGACAUCAAAGAAAAUUUUCGAAAUCUACAAAGUAAAAUUUGAUUUACGACUAGAGGAGUUUGUUAACACUUUAUCUUCUACUGCGAAGAAGAAUUUGGGAAUUCAAGAACCAACGAGUAAUCAGCGUCCACGUAUUAAAACAUUACAAAAAAGUCGUAAAUAUAAUACGCAACAAAUGCAGGGUGACGUUAUCAUAUAUACAAAGGAUGACAAAAAACUAAAUAAAUACACAAAGGAUGACGAAAAUGCAAAAGACAAAAAACUAAAUAAAUACACAAAGGAUGACGAGAAUGCAAAAGAUAAAAAACUAAAUAAAUACACGAAAGAUGAUGAAAAUGCAAAAGACAAAAAACUAAAUAAUGUCAUAUCUGAAAAAACGGCAACGAUUCAAACGUGGGCAGUGGAUAUGAGACUACCACCAUCAAAAAAUCGAACAGAAAAUAAACCCGCACGACCACCCUUACCGUCCCGUACUGUAAGCGUACCAGUCGCAAGCUCUGAUAAAACCAAACCUAUACAAGCAUCAACAAACAAGAAAAGAUCUACACCGUUUUCAUCAUAUAAGCCACCUUUAGUUAAAGAGUCAAAAGCUGCUAUAAAUUCUAUACCAAAACCAUCAAAAGUGACAGCAACUGCCACGUCUACAACAGAGGGAUUGACAACUACGGCCACCAUAUCGGUAUCAAUCUCUGCGGCAUCUACUCCAGAUCGAACGCAAUCAAUGUCCAAAUAUGCGCCAUCAAGCGCACGUAUUAUCGGCAGAACAAAAGAUCGUCAAUAUACACCAUACGAAAAGCCGGCUAUCGGAUUCGCUAUGCGAAAAAAUAGAAACCGAAUACUACAAGAUUCUUCGGAAUUGAGUGCCAAAUUGAACGCUUAUGCCAACAAAAUAAUUGAAGAAUUGACUGGACAACAUGAAAAUAAUGGUGAAGAUAACGAAAACAUGACUUUAGAACUUAUUCCAAAAUUAGAAGAACAAAUUUUCGAGACAAAUACACCAAGAAGUAGAGUAUCACUUAAACAAGCACUAUCAGCCACGCAAUCGAUUACUCCUAUGCCAUCUAAACCUUCUCCUCCGCUUACAUUUAUUGAUCCUGUAAAGUUUUUGGAAGAUGUUCGUGGGACUGAA